GCCGGCCGGGUGGCGGCCAUGGACCGCUUCGUGUGGACCAGCGGCCUCUUGGAGAUCAACGAGACCCUGGUGAUCCAGCAGCGCGGGGUGCGCGUCUACGACGGCGAGGAGAAGAUAAAAUUUGAUGCGGGGACUCUUCUUCUUAGUACACACCGGCUGAUUUGGAGAGACCAGAAAAAUAAUGAGUGCUGCAUGGCCAUUCCCCUGUCUCAGAUUGUUUUCAUCGAGGAGCAGGCAGCUGGAAUCGGGAAGAGUGCCAAAAUCGUGGUCCAUCUGCACCCAGCUCCUCCUAACAAAGAGCCUGGUCCAGUCCAGAGCAGUAAGAACUCCUACAUCAAACUCUCCUUCAAAGAACAUGGCCAGAUUGAGUUUUACAGGCGUUUAUCAGAGGAAAUGACGCAGAGAAGAUGGGAGACUGUACCAGUUUCCCAGUCACUACAAACAAAUAAAGGACCCCAGCCAGGAAGAGUAAGAGCCGUUGGGAUUGUAGGUAUUGAGAGGAAACUUGAAGAAAAAAGAAAAGAAACCGACAAAAACAUUUCUGAGGCCUUUGAAGACCUGAGCAAGCUGAUGAUCAAGGCUAAGGAAAUGGUGGAGUUAUCAAAAUCAAUCGCUAAUAAGAUUAAAGAGAAGCAAGGCGACGUCACAGAAGAUGAGACUAUCAGGUUCAAGUCGUACUUGCUGAGUAUGGGGAUAGCCAACCCUGUUACCAGGGAAACCUAUGGCUCAGGCACACAGUACCACAUGCAGCUGGCCAAACAGUUGGCUGGGAUAUUACAGGCACCUUUGGAGGAACGUGGGGGAAUAAUGUCACUCACAGAGGUGUACUGUUUAGUGAACCGGGCCCGAGGGAUGGAGUUGCUCUCACCAGAAGAUCUAGUAAAUGCAUGCAAGAUGCUGGAAGCACUGAAAUUGCCUAUCAGGCUCCGGGUUUUUGACAGUGGUGUCAUGGUCAUUGAGCUUCAGACUCACAAGGAGGAGGAGAUGGUGGCCUCGGCCCUGGAGACAGUUUCAGAAAGGGGAUCCUUAACGUCAGAAGAGUUUGCCAAACUUGUGGGAAUGUCUGUCCUUCUGGCUAAAGAAAGGCUGCUUCUUGCAGAGAAGAUGGGCCACCUUUGCCGAGACGACUCCGUGGAAGGCUUGCGGUUUUAUCCAAAUUUAUUUAUGACACAGAACUAAGAAUUUUGUACCUGAAAUACUUUUUUGUCAACACACUUGCAUUUUGCCAAAGUCUCAUGACAUUGAGUUAAGAGAUUAAACCCCCCCAAAACAAAGAAUUUGUUAGAACUUCACAGUAUAAUAUAAAACUCUGAAUCUCUC